AUGUUAAGAAUAUGUUAAUGUAUUAGGUAAUUAUUCAUAAGAUGUUUAAAUAUCUUCAAGUACACCAGAGUAGAGAAUGUAGAGAAGAGCUAUUAGAUGGAGAGUGUAAGCAGAGAUAUUGAAAGCAAUAUGAAUGCUGAGUUAAGUAAAUAUGGGUAGAGACUGUAUUUAGGAGCUCAUGAAGACUCAUUCAUUUAGAAUCCUGAAAAUAAAAUAGAAGAAUUUGAAAAUAAAGCCAAUUUUUAAGAUUGUGAAUAAUUAAUUGACGAGGAAACAAUUCGAUAAUUUAUAGAUGAUAUUCCUCAUAUCUCAUUUUCUUAAAGUGAAUUAAUUAAGGAAAUAGGAGAAAGAGCAGUGGUUGUAUUUACCUAAAUAAUUGAUAAAAUGGAUGGGUUUGAAUUGUUAGAGAAAGAUGAGGACUUCAAUUUUUGGAUUAAAUAUGUUGAGACUUCUGAAAAAUUUCAGAUUGGUAUAAUGAAAUACACAUAUACUUUGAAUACAUCUAUUGACUCCUACAUAGAAUUCAUGAAGGAUUUACAAUUAUAAAAAUAAAUGGAUAAUAGUAUUGAUGCUUUUGAGAAACAUUAUGAAGAUAUAAAUUUUUAGAUCAAUUAUCUAAGAUAUAAAAAGAUUAUGUUUAUGGACCCAAGAGACUUUUUAUAUAUUAAAUAUACUGAUAGAAAGGGAGAUGAUUGUAUAGAGAUUUCCAAAUCUAUUAAUAUUGAUCAUUUUCAACCUUAGUAAGUUAUAAUAUUUAUUAAUUUAGAGAAUUACCUCCAAAACAAUGUACUAGGGCUUUGUUAUUAUUAAGUGGGAAUCAAAUCAAGUAAAUUGAGGACAAUAAAAUUAUGAUAACAACUUAUUCUGAAUGUAACAUGAAAUUGAAAUUAAAGCCUGUUAUGACAAAGUAAGCAAGCAAAAAUGAAAUAAAAAAAAUGGUUAAAAGAUAUCGUGAUCAUUUUAAUCAAUGA